CCAUCAUCCUCCGUCCUCCACUCUUCCCUCCUGACCAUGGCGGAAGGCCUCUUCUACAACGUCAGCGGCGGCUACGUCGAGGGCAUCGUCCGCGGCUACCGCAACCAACUCCUCACCUCGACCUCCUACAACAACCUCAUCCAAUGCGAGUCCAUCGACGACGUCAAACUCCAACUCGGCCCCUCCUACGGCGACUUCCUCUCCACCCUCCCCCCCAACCCCUCCACCUCCUCCCUCGCCGACAAAACCCUCGACAAACUCGUCGCCGAGUUCCGGUACGUCCAGGCCAACUCGACGGGCAGCUUGGCGAAAUUCAUGGACUACCUGACGUAUGCGUACAUGAUCGACAAUGUCGCGCUCUUGAUCACGGGGACGUUGCAUGAGCGCGACACGAGGGAGUUGUUGGAGCGGUGUCAUCCGUUGGGCUGGUUCGAGACGAUGCCGGUGCUCUGCGUGGCGACGAACGUGGAGGAGUUGUACAACUCCGUGUUGAUCGAAACCCCGCUCGCGCCGUACUUUAAAGGAAGUCUAAGCCACCAGGACCUGGAUGAACUCAACAUCGAGAUCGUGCGGAAUACGCUCUACAAGAACUACCUGGAGGAUUUCUACCGCUUCGUGAACGAAGAGCCCGGGUUGAAGGGCACACCCACGCAAGAAGUGAUGAGCGAGGCGCUCAUGUUCGAAGCGGACCGCCGAAGCAUCAAUAUCACCCUGAACUCCUUCGGCACGGAACUCAGCAAGCAAGACCGCAAGAAAUUGUACCCCAACUUCGGCCGCUUGCACCCAGAGGGAACACUGAUGCUGAGUCGCGCGGAGGAUGUCGAGGGCGUGCGGAUAGCGGUGGACGGGGUGUACGAUUACAAGACUAUGAUGGAUCAGACCGGCAUGGGUGGUGGAAGUGGUGGGGGUGGGGGUGGACUGGGGAAUCAGAGUGGCGGGAUCGGGGCCGGGGAUGAGGGGAAGAGUUUGGAGGAUUUGUUUUAUGAGCGGGAGAUGGAGAUUGCCAAGUUGGCGUUUACGUAUCAGUUCACGCAUGCCAUUGUGUAUGCGUGGGUGAAGUUGAGGGAGCAGGAGAUCCGGAAUAUCACGUGGAUCGCCGAGUGCAUCGCGCAGAACCAGAAGGACCGGAUAAACAAUUACAUCAGCGUGUUCUAAAUUGACAGAGGGGCAUUCUGAGCGGUCGGCGUUGCGGAGCUACAUUGAUCAAGUAAGCGUGUUGGGUAGCUGAUCUCACGUGUGCGGAUACCAAUCAGUGAGAUACCGUUUGUAUAGACUUGACAGCAUCCCAUCCUCCCUACUGAAACUACUAGCUUACAAAAGGACUGGCCGGCUCACAUGAAGCGCGCCGCUCUGGAAGUACAAUCAAGCGUCC